UAUUUACCUGCUACGUCAUCUUGUAAACAAAUCUUCAAUGUAAAAUAUGUUACAACCUUAUCAAUUAAUCUGUUAUUAUUAAGAUCUAUGGAUAUCAAUCGGUAAUGUUGAUCAAUCUUCGCAACUUAGUACUAAUUUCAGAGAAUGAAAAUACUCAAUAUUAUUAUACUACUGGCGUCCAUAGUUAAAUCAUCUGAGCAGUGUGAUUGUAAAGAUGACCCUAUUUACAUCAAUGGGGAAGAAAUUACUGGAAACUUGUGUGCAGCAGAAACAAUAAUAUCAGUUCUAGUAGAGAAUGUAAGAGACGGACCGGAAGGGUUUCUAGUGUUCAAGGUCAAACUCCUAGGUCAACCGCUCAGGGGCAAUUUAGAUGGAAUAGGUGGACUACCAAACAAAGAUGAUAAAAACAAAGAUGUUGAAUUAAAUCUGUAUAUGCCAGUGCCUGACCAAAUGUGCCACUCAGAUAUUGUGUUGUUUGAAAGGCAUAAAUAUGUUCUUUCCGUCGACAAAGAAGACAAGUAUCUGGUAUUGAAUUUAUGUAAUUUUGCAGAGGAACUCGGCAACAUUUCUAAAACCCAACGGGAAGUCAUUGGAAAGGGAUGUCCAAGAUAAACAAUCUAUAGUCUGUUGGACGAAAUUUAUGUGAAAUUUUAGAGUUCAAAGAUGUAAAUGCUGACUAUUUUGAUAUUAAAAUUUCAUUUUUGUCGAGCCUUCGACUUUAGUCGAAAAAGCGAGACAUAGCGAUCCUACAUUCCGUCGGCGUCGUCGUCACUCUGUGGUUAAAGUUUUUGAAAUUUUAAUAACUUUCUUAAACUAUCCUGGAUUUCUACCACACUUGGACAGAAGCUUGUUUAUGAUCAUAAGAAAGUAUCCAGAAGUAAAUUUUGUAAAAAUAAAAUUCCUGUUUUUCCGUAUUUUACUUGUAAAUGGACUUAGUUUUUCUGCCGGGAAACAUUACAUUCACUCUGUGGUUAAAGUUUUUAAAAUUUUAAUAACUUUCUUAAACUAUCCUGGAUUUGUACCAAACUUGGACAGAAGCUUGUUUAUGAUCAUAUUAAGAUAGUAUCCAGAAGUAAAUUUGUUAAAAUUUUGUACCUGUUUAUCCGUAUUUUACUUAAAAAUGGACUUAUUUUUUCUUCCAGUUAACAUUAAAUACAGUCUGCAGUUAAAGUUUUUAAAACAUUUAUUAGAUUCAUAAACUAUCCUGGAUUUAUACCAAACUUUGACAGAAGCUUCUUACAAUCAAAAGAUAGUAUCUAAAGGAAUAUUUUUAUUGAUUUUGUUCCUCAUUUUUGUUGAGCCUGUGAUUAACAGCAAAAAUAGGCGAGACACUGGGUUUCGCGGAACCCUUACGAAUUUUUUAAAAAGGUGGGAAAUGACAAGUGGUUACAAUUUUCACGAAUUCAAUUCACAAUUGUUUUGUUUAGAGUGGAAUUGCAAGAAUAAUUUUCAGUACUGAAUCUCCCUUUCUAAUAUUUAUUCAACUGUUUAAUGAAAAGCUAGUGUUUUUAAAGUGGUAAAUGCAAUUUAACGUUACUGUAUGGCCUAUUAAUGUAAGUCUGCUUAUAGUCUGAUACAAAAUAUCGAAUCCAUGGACGAACACGUGGUUUACUGUAACGGGUAAAAUUUUCAUUCCCUGCUUAUAUAUUAAUCUUAUAUUAAUAAAGAAUUUUAUUACAUAUA